AUGCGCGCGCUCGGUCACGCGCGCAUGGCAGAGCGGCACAGCGACAUCGAGUGGCGCCUCGACGCGCUCAUGCGAACGCUGGAGCGCGUCGAGGCGGGCGUCUCCAAGGCGCGCGCGCGAGCGUACGUCGACCGCGUCGACCCUCAGUUUCACCGCGGCGCGUUCUUCUGCCACUACGCCGCCGUCGCUGGCAACCUGAAGCUCCUCCGAUGGCUGCGAGAGCUCGAGUACGAGUUCGGACCGCUCGUCACCAGGGGCGCCGCGAUGGGCGGGCAUCUGGACGUCCUGAAGUGGGCGGUGGAGCACGGCGCGGAGUGGGGCCCGUGGGUGUUUUCCGCCGCUCGGCUCCUCGGGUGCGUUCUAUACAAAAGUUUUUCACCCAUAGCUCGGUUUCAACACUUGAUCGCGUCUGAUCGAUGA